UAGUGGGCUUGAAUAGCUGAGGGGUGGGCGUGGAUGUUGACAGCCAGAGAUGGAGCCUUUAGAUGUAGCUCAGUGCUGGCUUCCAAAGUGAAAGCGGGCUAAAGAAAGUCUGCGUUAAUUCUUGCUGAAAUUUAAUGGAUUAAGUUUGAUUGAUGCAAACUGUGUCUCAGCUCAAUUUACAUUCCACAAACCAGUCAAGCAGUUUACAUUAUCCCAUGGUAAACUGUGUCAUAGUUUGUUUUCUACAGGUCUAUCUCUGGCUGUGGUCUGGGGCUUAAAACUCUCCUGAUGAUGCAGUUUCAGCUGAUAGCAGGGCAGGGGUCGGGGCUUACAUGGGAUUGAUCUCGUUGGAAUUUUCUUCAGUGACAGCAGUGCUCUCUAUAAAUGGCCCACUGGUGCCUCAGUCAGCGUUUAAUUGUGUUAAGUUCUUAGUUUGCAUCAGAUUUUCUACGUGACUGAUUGAUAGCUACGGCUCGGGCUGCAUGAUUAUGGUUGAUGUGAAAAUAAUUUUACCCAUUAAUCUGUGCCACAAGGUCUGUUCUAUCUUAGUCUCAUACAAGAGUUGAUCACAACAUGUCAGCAAUUUGUUUAGCGAUGCAAUCACAAGUCGCAGAAAGACAGAAUGCUUAUACUGCUUGUUCCCUGAUUCAAAACGUAGAUAAAUCCAAAUCACACAACCAAAUGAAUCAAACUUAAUUGUUUUCAAGCUUUUAGGGUUUGAUUUACCUGAGUCUGAUGAAUUUUCCUAUUGUGCUUGGUCUUAAUUUUUUCAAAAAAUGGCCUCUAUGUGGUACUUGGCCUUCAUCUCCUUUUUCGGCUACAUUCAGACUCACUUAAGUCCUAAGGGGAAAAAACACAAUCUCCUUACGCCCAAGCCACACUUGACGCGUGAGUGGCGCGUGUGUGUGUUGUGCAAUGUCUUGCUUUUCAUUUCGCCCACGUUAUCAGGUUCAAGUAGCCUGUGUGAGACACGCCAAUCACUGUCAGUGACAGUGAUUGUGACAUAUUGACAUGACUGGAAGAUACACAGCUUCAUACCGUAGAGUCCUGGCAAUUAGUUAAGUACAUAGGCUGACUUUAAUUUGAAUGAGAUACAGUAGUCAUACUAGAAACCUCACCUACCAGCUCUGCAGCAGACAAGCUCCCGGUGUGAACAACCGACACCUGGGAGAUGCAGCAGAUCAGCCACACAGCCGUUAUUCAUUUGGCCAGUUUGGUGACGCAGCCAAUGCAGGAAACAACAGGGCCAUUAGGCAUAAAAAUUGACCUGUUUCACUGUGUGUUUCUACUGUUGCAGUAGAUGUUUCUGUGUACUCUCACUGCUACCUGAAACAGAAGUCGAACACCAACGCAGCCCCUUAUGUUGUUUUAUUGCAGUGCUGUUGUAUCUUAAUGUGCACAUAAUUCCAGUACAAAGAUAAUGAAACCGUAAUAGAGGACCUGCUCCAUAAUCUUUGGACCUAUUUGUUAUCUUUAAUACCAACAUUCUCCUCAUGAAACUAAGUCACUGAUUAACGAAAGUGUUUUCACUCAGAUUUAGUUGUUUCUUCAUUUUAAAAGACGAGUGCAGUACCUGUUCUUACCUGUCUGUUUGGAAUGGGCUGUUUGUUUGGCUUGUGGUAAUGCUGGUUGCAUCUUUCUGUCUAAAGCUGUAAAAGUGACCUGCGGCAAGUGAAAACUGGCUGCUGGACUCCGCUGAACCCUAAAGCUGCACCACCACUGCUGCACAAAGUUUGGUGAAGCUCGAAUCAGUGUGCACAACCCUGUAAUGGAGAAUCGGUUGCAGUUGUUGUGAACACACUGAUGUCGAGAUCAACAACUUGACUAACGUUCUUUAAAUCGGCUGCUGCGGCUACAGAGAGCUGGUCUUCUGUUUGUUCAAAGUUUAGCAAUAUUGAACAUAUUGCGUGUCCAAUACUGUGCUUCCUUAGGCCCUCAAAGCUGAUGAGAUGAACGGUUCUUGAGAUAUGUGAGCCACAGACAGACAGACAGGAAUUAUUUGAUCGAUUAUUAGAUAAAUGGCCUCUUCAAGACUUGGCCGCUCAGAUCUCUUUAUCAUUUGUUUUUACUCUAGUUUUUGUUGUUAAAUGCCGCCUUCCCAGCUGUGUUUGAGAAUCAUGAGAGAGAACUGCAUUGCAUACCACUUGUGGGUACACACAAAACUGCAGGUGAAACUAUGAGCUCUUAACUGUCUGCGUGGACAGUAACAACUUUAUGGACGAUAGAACGAGGAAGCGGUAGUACAUUAGCGAGAGCGAGCACGAGGCAAGUAGCUUUCCUUCCACACAGAGCAAAACACCAAAUUCUAAAUCUUUUAUGUUAUUAUGAGAAGUGGAAAACAUUUUUCAGCUCAUUAUGAAACUGUGGCGGCACAAAUUAGAAAAUGGCGGGUCACCACAGUCCACAGAAUUAAUGGGAAAAUCAGUGCUUUCAGAGAUAUCAAAAAUUAAUCAGACAAAUAAAGCACAGUCUUGUUCAGCAUUUAAUAACCUGAGGCAGAGGUGACAGGAAUGUUGCAACACAAGUCUUGUUUUUUUUGCUCUGCCAAAAAUGAAUCACAGCUCAGUUUCUAUUCAGCUUUCAGCUUUCAGUUUCUGUUUUCUGAAAACGUAACUGUAACCCGAUUUUCCUCCCAAGCAAUUGGGCCCCAGAGGAUUUGUCAGCCCUCUGCUAGAGAGCACUGCUCGACUGUGGGUGGAGCGUUUGUGCCUCUGCUGUCCAGGAGACUGUUACUGUCCCCUCCUUCCACCUAAUGUGUGUGAGAUUUACUGCAUGCUGGAGUGGGUCUCUGUGUGCGUCUUAUAUAUAGACACUCUGCACUGCAUUUCUCAAUACUGUUGGAAUUCAUAAAUAACGACCACAAGCUCGCCACCUAAAAAAUCAAUAUUGAUAAAGAAGGAAGGUGUUGAAAGUGAAGCGAGCCCGCCCUUCCUCUACUUUAAACACCAGUUAUUUUUCAGUACUGGCUUGUAGCUUGGUAACGUGGUGUCACAUUGUCAUUUCUCUGCAUUAUAUUGUUUGAUAGCAGCGUCACAGUUUCCUGUCGGUGGAAUGCGUAGAGUGGGUGACUUGGGGGAAAUUGGAUCUUGAGUCAAAUCAGCUCUCCUGUCACUGAUUCACUGUAGUGCCAGUGCUGUCGUUUCCUCUAAAUUAUGCAUGGAGUCUGUUUUAUUUUUUUCAUUUGAAGUGUUCCCACAUUACAUAACACUUGUCCAUUUGAUUUGUGCGGUUACGUUGCGGCCAGUUUAGCCUCUGUAGCGACGCUCAGCAGCAGUAGCAGUGUCACCGUCUCGUGAGGUGGUGUCCCCAGAUUCUGGCAGCGAGCCCCCCAGCUCUCUCUCUCUCUCUCGCUGUGUCCAUGUAUCUCUUGGUCUCUUUCCCUCUCCCCUGAACUCAUUGCGAUGCACAUGUUCUGCAGUCUCUAAGUGACCUUCAGAAUACAUUUCAUCUGCUCCUGCUUCCCCUCAUCGCUUGCCUCCACACCCAGUGAUGAAACCACCCCUCUCUCUGGGUCUUGUUUUAUUUAUUUAAACCCUCCUUUUAAAAAGCUCUCAUACAGACACCCAUGGCAUAUUAACAAGGAGGAAAGAGGGGAGGGUGUGUGUGUGUGUGUGUGUGUGUGUGUGUGUGUGUGUGUGUGUGUGUGUGUGUGUGUGUGUGUGUGUGUGUGUGUGUGUGUGUGUGUGUGUGUGUGUGUGUGUGUGUGUGUUUCGAUGUGAUAUAACUGUCAUAUGGUGCAUUUUAACAGCAGGAGAGGGAAAAUAAGAUCAGGAAAUGUGUGUGUUGAGACGAGCUGCAGAGUAAUGUGUAGCCGAGUGUAAGAAAAGGAGAUAAAUGUUGUGUCGACAUGAGUGAACAUGUUAAUGUAUGUAAGAGAGAGGGGUAGAGAGAUACUAAGAUAGAGUCAGGCCUGUGAAUACUGCAGCCUCAGCUGGAUGCAGUGGAUCAGCUGCCCCCUCCAUCCCCUCAUUUCUCUUCUGUCAGCCUCUCCCCCUUGUACUGUCCGCCCCUCCCCCUAUAUUCUCCCUCCCUCUCUCUCUCUGUGCACCUCUAGCUUCAGUAGCGGUAGUCUUGAGCAUCCUUGUUGCUGCUGAUGCUGCUAUAAAUAUCUGCUGGUAGCUGUAGCGCAGCAGAGAGCAGCAGGCAGGCCAGAGGGAGGAGCAGGAGACCAGAGGACAGGACGGGACGGGACAGGACAUCCGAGGCAGAGAGGAUAACAAGAUGACAGGCGGUAGAGGCCGAAAAAGACGAAGGGGGGAGGAUAGAAGAGGGAUGAUGCUUAGUUAGCUCUGAGAAAGAAAGAGUGUGUGUUUGUGUGUUUGUGUGUUUAUGUGCGUUGUGGUUUGGUUGUUGGCCCGUGCUGGACUCGAAAGUCAAACGCAGGCCUAAACUUGAUCUGGACUGUAUUGAAGCUGCUGCAGGAGCUGCACUAGAUUAAGCUGAGUUAUCUUGAGGACUCAACAGUGGAAGACUGGAGCUGGACUUUACCUUCCCGGACCCCUCAAGCCCCAGGAUUUGUAUGCGUCGGACCAGAACCAAACCUCACCUGGGCUGCUGGUCGGUUAGUUUUGUGCGGACAUGUGGGCCGGCAUGGGCCGGGGUGGUGCUGAGAUGUCAUGCUCCUGUGUUGCUGGUGGUGCCUGAGACCGGAGGCGGUGGAGCUGGAGAGCAGAAGGGUGGAUCACCGCGUGUUGAACUGCGAGGCCACCGCUUCCACCGCCAUCACAGCUGUUUCCCUUGACCAGUGGGAGUCAGAAACUACCAAUACUGACUUGCAGCCACCCCAGAGUGUGAAGAACUCGAGCUAUAGUCUGCCUUCCUACCACCCCUACAGUAACAGUUACGACUACUCAGACCAGAGCAGGCAGAGUGAUCGCUCAGGCCUCUGUGGACUCUCCAACCUGGGAAACACCUGCUUCAUGAACUCUGCUGUGCAGUGUUUAAGCAAUAUCCUUCCACUGACGGAGUUCUUCCUCAAAGACAAGUACACAGACGAGCUAAACGAGGACAACCCGCUGGGAAUGAAAGGAGAGAUCGCCAGGGCCUACGCUGAGCUUAUCAAGCAGCUGUGGUCGGGCAAAUACAGCUAUGUCACCCCGAGGCCUUUCAAGACCCAGGUGGGCCGCUUCGCCCCCCAGUUCUCAGGCUACCAGCAGCAGGACUCCCACGAGCUGUUGGCCUUUCUCUUGGACGGCCUUCACGAGGACUUCAACCGCAUCAGGAAGAAGCCCUACAUCCAGCUCAAGGACGCCAACGGCAGACCCGAUAAGGUCGUGGCAGAGGAAGCAUGGGAGAACCACAUCAAGCGAAACAACUCCAUCAUCGUGGAUAUCUUCCACGGCCUUUUCAAGUCAACUCUGGUGUGUCCUGUGUGCUCCAAAGUGUCUGUGACCUUCGAUCCUUUCUGCUACUUGACCCUGCCCCUUCCCAUGAAGAAGGAGCGGACGCUGGAGGUCUAUCUAGUCAGACUGGACGCUCUGGCCAAACCCACACAAUACAAGCUGACUGUGCCGAAGGUGGGCUACAUCUCUGAUCUGUGUACCUCCCUCUCCAGCCUGUCUGGGGUUCCUGCUGAGAAGAUGAUUGUAACGGACAUCUACAACCACCGUUUCCACCGUAUCUUUGCCACCAACGAGAACCUCAGCAGCAUCAUGGAGAGAGACGAUAUCUACGUGUUUGAAGUUGCGGUGAACAGGGUGGAGGACACAGACCACGUAGUGAUCCCGGUGCACCUGAGGGAGAAGUACAAACAGUCGGGCUACAACCACACCAGCACGCCGCUGUUCGGACAGCCCUUCCUCAUCGCUGUACCCAGAACCCUCAGUGAAGACAAACUCUACAACAUGCUGCUCCUGCGCCUCUGCCGGUUUGUGCGACCUGCUGUAGAGGAGGAUGAGGAGGAUUGUGAAGAGACACAGCCACCCAAACAACACACUGUCAAUGGUAACGCCACUAAUGGACUCCUGGAGGAAGGGUCACCAAGCGAGAUGGAGACUGACGAGCAAGACGACGAGUCCAGCCAGGAUCAGGAGCUGCCUUCCGAGAACGACAACAGCCAAUCGGAGGACUCCGUGGGAGGGGACAACGAACUGGAGAACGGCGUGGUCGCCCCGCAGAACUCCACCAAAGGCCAGCCGACGGCCGAGCACAACAGAAAGAGACUUUUUACAUUCCAGUUCAAUAACAUGGGCAAAACUGACUUUUCACUCAUCAAGGAGGACACCAGGCAGAUCCGCUUCGACGAGGGACACCUCAGACUCAGCGACCGCUCUUAUCUCUCUUUGGACUGGGAACCAGAGAUCAAGAAAAAGUACUUUGACGAGACCGUUGUCGAGGACUUUGACAAGCACAAGAGCAUGGAGUACAAGCCCCAGAAGAAGGCAUUCUUCAAGCUGAAGGACUGCAUUGAGUUGUUCACCACAAAAGAAAAACUGGGAGCAGAGGACCCGUGGUACUGUCCAAACUGUAAGCAGCACCAACAGGCCACUAAGAAGCUGGACCUGUGGUCUCUGCCGCCAGUGCUGGUGGUCCAUCUGAAACGCUUCUCCUACAGCCGCUACAUGAGGGACAAACUGGACUCCCUUGUUGACUUUCCACUGAGCGAUCUGGACAUGUCUGAGUUCCUGAUCAACCCCAACUCUGGGCCGUGUCGCUACGACCUCAUUGCUGUGUCCAACCACUAUGGCGGAAUGGGAGGAGGCCACUACACUGCUUACGCGAAGAACAAAGACGACGGAAAGUGGUACAACUUUGAUGACAGCAGCGUGUCUCCUGCCAACGAUGAUCAAAUAGUGUCCAAAGCAGGCUACGUGCUGUUCUACCAGCGGCAGGACACGGUGAAAGGCACCGGCUACUUCCCUCUCGACCGCGAGGAGGAGGACGAGGAGGAGGAAGAGGAGGGAGAGGAGGAGAACGAGAACGAGAACGAGAAUGAGAAUGAGAAUGAAAAUGAAAAUGAGAAUGAGAAUGAGAAUGAAAAUGAGGACGAGGAGAGAAGGGAAAAGAAGAAGCCCGCCUCCUCCACUCAGGCCGCGGCAUCCGCCACUGCCGCCUGUGCUCAGAAUGACGAGGAGGACCUGAACGAGAACCGGCGCAGGAAGAACGACAACGAGCAGCAGGAGGACGAGGAGGAGGAAGACGAGGAGGAAGACGAAGAGGAACAGACGCCCACUCGAGAUGUCACCAUGAAAAACAACUGAAGUGGAUGCAGAAGAUGCGGAUAAAUGGAGAGAGAAACUGGGAUCUUUCCAUCCAAAGCCAUAUGGACAGCACAGCAUGGCAGCGGGCGCCACCAGUCCCACCCAGCGGCUCGGACUCGGCCGCUCCACAGGCGGAGCCACUGCGGCGAAGACGCCUUUUUAGGUCAGGGAGCUGCCGCGGUACACAAAUCUACUAACUACGAAAUCAGGGCCCUCCUCUGUGGUUGUAUCACGGUGUGCGUGUGUGUGUGCGUGUGUGUGUGCAUGUGUGUGUGUGUCGCCACGUCCAUUUGUCUAGGAUUUGCUUACUGAACGACACCAGGGAUUGAUUUUUUUAUUAUUAUUAUUUAAUUUUUUUCGAGGCUUCACAGUACGUUAGUGUAGCACUUUAAAUCAUCCUCUGCUGUUUGUGUUCUGUUCUAAUUUUAUAUAUUUUUGAGAGCAAUGCAUUGUUGGCAUAUCAUUUUUAGUAUCAUUCAGAUAUUUUGUAAAUAUUUUAAACACUGAAACGUUUUUGAACUUGCACAAUCACCAACCAUCCACUUUGGGUUUUUUUAUGUAUUAUUGCCACGCACACUGCAGAUGUUUAACAGUGAAGUCGUCUCUUCAAGGUUUUCCUCACAUAAAAUGCUUAGGAAGCUCCUUUAGUGAUUCAGUGGUGAGACGCGUCUGCAGUGUAGACUUAAAGGUUCGAUGUGUAAGAUUUAGGUGAAAGGGAUCUAUUGGUAGAAAUUGAAUAUAUAUAUAAUCCUAGUGAUAUUUUCACUAGUGUGUUUCAUCUAAAUUGUACGAAUUGUUGUUUUCUUUACCCUAGAAUGAG